AUCCACAAUACAUAUGCAACAUUUGCGAGAAGGGAUUCAAGCAGAAAGCCAAUUUUCAACGACACAAUUUAGCCAUACAUGGAUAUCAAGUAUAAAUUACGUAUAAUUUAUAACAUUGGUCUGCAGUAUGGAAUGAAAUUCCAAUACUCUGGGAAUCAGUACCCAUGCAGUGAUUGUGGAAAAUCGUACUCCUGGAAAUCAUCCAUGGAACGACAUCGUCGCGAGGGAUGUGGAAAGCAGCAGUCAGUCAAAUACGCUAAAAGAGAUCCCAAACGUGUGAACUAUGAUGCACCAUUUCGUUGCUAUAAAUGUGGGAAACAAUAUACAUGGGCGGAUUCUCUAACUCGGCAUCUACGGGAAGGAUGUGGAAAGUUGCCAAAAUAUUGUUGCCGACUUUGCGGUAGAAAAUUCAAGCGAAAGGACUAUCUCCAGCGUCACGAAGUCACUGUUCAUAAAUUUGAAAUUGAAAUAAUUUAAUAUUGCUUUUAUUUAAAUACAAUUGUUCUGCGUUACUUUUACAUUUUUAUAGAAAAAAAAAGAAAAAAGCCUAAAACAAAUAGAAAAAGAGCAGAAGAAAAAACCCUGCAGUAUGAAUUGUAAGAAAGUGGAUAACAAGUGUGACGAUGCGAAAGAGUAAUUUUAAUAUACAAUGAAAUUAUACGCUCAUUCCACAACGGCAAUACACACGUUCUCUGUAUUAUUGAAUUCCCUCUCUAACCUUUCACACAUGUAAUUGCGAGAGCACCACAUCCUAAAGAAAAUGAAUUUGUUCUCUUGGCAAACCGAUCGCUCAAAAAUG